AUCGUGGUAGCAGUAGGCCCUCGAAGUACCCCCCGGCAUGUGUCCGAGGCCGUCGAGAGCGUCGACAACGAGGCUCGGACGUCGGAUCGAUUAUCCGGCCCGGGCAUCCGUCUCUCAACUCUCGACCACCACGACGCCGCCGUUCCCGCUCCCUCCGCUACCCCUAUCUCCUCCCCCUUCCUUUCCAUAACCCGCUACUAUACGAAGACGCGAGAAACGCGUUCUUCAACGCGCUUACGCGUUGAUCACACCCUGACACCCCAGUCACUCAACGCGAGAAUACAGCGCGAUCGAGGAGGGGGCCAUGGAUGCGUGAACACGCCUCGCACAAGUACUGAAACUAAC